AUGGGGUGUGAUAUCUUUGGUGGAAAGAGGUUGGGAAAGAUUUGGGUUAGAAUCGACGAAAAGAGGCCCAAGACCUCUUCCGACACCCCAUCCAAACCCCCACCCACUCCUCUUCUGAUCCCCGCCAAUCCCGAGACUCCGACCACCGCCGCUCCCCACCAUCCUCAACUGCAUCCCACCUCCGACGCCGACGUCAUCCACGUCCUUAGCUAUUCUAGCUGGUUCUCGCCUUACUACAUCCACCACUGCGAGGUCCGAUUCCUCCCCGAGUUCUUCGAUUCUCGAUCCCCUUCGAAAAACCCUAGCCUCUACGAGUACUACCACAACACCAUCAUCACCGAAUCCAGGGCCGUUAACCCAUCUCUGAAGCUCACCUUCACGGAGCCCCGCAAGUCUCUAGUUGGCGACAUCAGCUCCGUUCGGAGGGUUUUCGAUUUCCUCGAGGCGUGGGGUUUGAUCAAUUACGUUCCUUCCGCACUCAACAAGCCCCUCAAGUGGGAGGACAGCAGCAAGGCCGCCGAUGUUUCUUCUAAUGAAGGCGGUGAAUCCCUUGUCGGCGGUGCUAAGGAGAGCCCCAAGAAGAAGACCUGCAAUGGCUGCAAGUUUAUUUGCAGCAUUGCCUCAACUAUGGAGAUUUGAAAUUGCCCCAAGAAGAGGA